AACUGCUCGUCGGAGUACUCUAUGGCUUCCCAUUCCAACGAAAUCCAUGACAUCGACGUCGCCACCGCGCAAGACGGCUUCCACCUCCCAUCUGUGCCCCGUCGCCGGAGGCCUUUCAGAGACACCUUCCCUCCCUUUCUUGCCAGAAAGGUUGUUUCGGAGGUGAUAUCUACGUUUCUGCUGGUGUUCGUCACCUGCGGCAGCGGCGCACUCAGCAAGCGCAACCCGUCGCAGGUGUCGCAGCUGGGGGCGUCGGUCGCCGGAGGCCUGAUCGUGACGGUGAUGAUCUACGCCGUCGGGCAUAUCUCGGGGGCGCACAUGAACCCCGCCGUCACCUUGGCCUUCGCCGUCGCCCGGCACUUCCCAUGGGUUCAGGUUCCUUUCUACUGGGGAGCUCAGCUAACAGGUGCGACAGUUGGUUCUUUCAUCCUCCGUGGGCUGCUCCACCCCAUCACCGAUCUCGGGACGACCACGCCGUCGGGCGCCGCCGGGAAGGCCUUGGUGGCUGAGAUCAUCGUCACCUUCAACAUGAUGUUCGUCACACUUGCGGUGGCAACAGACACAAGAGCCGUAGGAGAGUUGGCUGGCCUGGCCGUAGGUUCUGCAGUUUGCAUCACUUCAAUUUUUGCAGGGCCCAUAUCCGGAGGAUCCAUGAACCCUGCGAGGACGCUGGGACCUGCGUUCGCGAGCAACAUCUACAGCUCUGUGUGGGUGUACCUCGUCGGACCUCCGAUCGGCACCAUCGCAGGCGCUUUAGCCUACAACUUCAUCCGACUACAAGGCCCAACCCUGUCGCAGUCGUCGCAGAAAGGCAGCCAGAAGUCCCCUUCCAUAAAAAUGCGUCGCAUGCAGAGGCAGGAGGAGGAGGAGGAGGAGGAGCCCCAUGUGGAUGACGAUGGCGAUGCUAGCUGUUGAUGGUAACUGUACGUCAAUUAAGUAAUUAAUUAGCGAAUAAUGCUAUUUAUGUAUCAUGUUAGUUAGUUAAGUAUCUGCAAUUUAGUGAUCUAAUUUUACACGUCGAAAACCAAAAACACAAGAGAUCGACCAAUUAACUUCCUCCAAAAACGCUUGCUAUUGCUGAUGGAAGGUUCAAAUUUAGAAGCUGAGUUCCGCCGUUUUCUGCGCCUGUCCGAUCACGAAUUCGCAACACUUGAGGACGAGGAAAAUCCUUGAUUUUUUUAGUCAUAUCCAUUCAAUUCGAU